AUGGGCAGCUUCAAGCCAUCCAUCGAGACGUUGCCCCAGAAGCCAGAGCCGGAAUUUAUCGACACGAGAGAUACGGCGCUUCCACGAUACAGACUAUCCGAGAUCAAGGAACAUGACGGCAAAGCGGAACGGCCGUGGGUAAUUCACGGCGAUAAAGUCUACGACAUUACAGAAUGGAUUCCGGCCCACCCUGGCGGCUCAGUCAUCUUGAGAGCAGCUGGCGGCUCUAUCGAGCCCUACUGGAACAUCUUUGCCAUUCACAAAAACCAAUACGUGUACGAUAUUCUGCAACAAUACCUGAUUGGUUUCGUGCACCCCGCCGACCUGGAAGACGGAAAGCCUCCCCAGGACGCUAUUGAAGAUCCCUUCGCUGACGACCCAAUCCGCCAUCCCGAUCUCAUUACCAAGACCGUCAAGCCACGCAAUGCUGAAACUCCAGGCGAGGCAAUGAGCGCCCAGUUUCUUACCCCCAACGAUCUCUUCUAUGUCCGCAACCACAUGUGGGUGCCUCGUAUUGCAGAAGACGAAUCAGACGAUCACCUUCUAUCCAUCGAGUUGCUCGACGGCAGCGUCAAAGAGUACACACUGCGCGAUCUCAAGUCGAAGUUUCCCAAGCAUGAGGUCACUGCAGUUUUGCAAUGCUCUGGCAACCGGCGCAAGCAUAUGUCAGACGGAUCUGGACGCGCUACAAACGGUCUUCAAUGGACGGCCGGUGCCAUCUCCAACGCAUGUUGGGAAGGUGUUCUUCUAGCCGACGUGCUCAGGGACGCUGGAUUUGAGAACGAAGACGGUAUGAGUGGAACCAGUGAAGUAAAACACGUCCAGUUCAAUGGCAUGGAAGCCUAUGGUGCAUCAAUCCCGAUCCGCAAGGCUGUCGAUCCCCAGGGUGACGUCCUCCUUGCAUACGGCAUGAACGGCAAGCCACUACCGCGUGAUCAUGGCUAUCCAUUGCGUGCUAUUGUUCCUGGGCACGUCGCCGCGCGGUCCGUUAAAUGGCUUAACCAGAUUACGCUAAGUGAAGACGAAAGCAUGAGCCAAUGGCAGCGCAAAGACUAUAAGUGCUUCGGCCCCAAUCAAACCAAAGUCGACUGGGACAAAGCACCCGCAAUCCAGGAGUUACCCGUCCAGAGCGCCAUCACCGCGCUGAAGCUGGGAAACUGGGUCAAGGAGCCUGCUGUGGUGGUGCCAAGUGCUGACGCUGCGAACCAAAACGAGCCUACCCAGGCCACCACUGACGCUCGUAAGCUGACACUCAGCGGGUACGCCUUUUCCGGCGGUGGCCGCUCCAUCAUCCGCGUCGACGUCUCCGUCGACGCCGGCAAGAACUGGACGCAGGCAUACCUCCUGCCCGACUGCGACCCCAAGCCCGGCUCGCCGUCCCUGUGCCACGGCCACGGCGCCUGGACGUGGAAGCGCUGGAUGUACAAGGGCGCCAUUCCCGCCAGCGUUUUCCAGCAGGGCGAGCCUGAAGCGGCCGCCGCCACUGACCAGCCCGUCGACAACGGAACCCCCGCUGCCGCCGCCGCGGACAGCACGAGCCGACGCUGCACGACGCUCCUGGUCAAGGCCACCGACGAGGUCUACAACUGCCAGCCGGAGAGCCACGCCGCGACGUGGAACUUUCGCGGCAACCUGGCCAACGCCUGGCACCGCGUGCAGGUGUGCAGCGAGUGCGCACCUGGUGCGACAAAGAAGGCGGAGGACCAGGUGAAGAAGGAGAAGACGACGAUGGAGAAGAGUGCGGAGUAA